AUAUAUUCAAUAAUUUCUAUUUGCACGACAAUUGAUGUGGCAUUUAUUACUGCCAUAGAUUUCAAAUCAACUGAAUAUGCCUCGAGCCGUAUUUCUUAUUUGUGAAGAAGAGCCAAUCCAACUCGCCGUUACUUUCAGUUGCAGGUGCGCGUCUACAACUUUGCAUAUGCUAAUGAGUCCGUGACUCCGCCCACCAGGCAGAACACCGUCGCUGCCGGCGGCUCUGAUCCGCGGAGGAGAGACGGAGCCGAGCUGCGACCAUCACUUGAUUUGACGCAGUAGAAGUGGCAGAAGCAGCGUGUGUGUCCGACCCAUAGUGAUGCUGAACGUGGGAGUUGUGGGCGGCAGCGGUCGGCACUAAAUCAGCUCUGAAACAAUAUUUGGUUUGUUACAUAAGGAAUAACUUGAAAUAAAGCAUGAUGAAGGACUGCCUGCAGUUCCUCGUUGAACCCGCUAAAAAGCUGAAGAUUCGCCUCAAGGAAACUCGGAAGAGAGUCCGGAAUGACAGGAAGGAACCUCUGGUGGAAAGUCAGCUGUUUAUUAUGGAACUGGCUCGGGAGCUGAAUAAAAUGUGCCAGAGGUCCCACGUCCUCAGCCACAUCUGGACCUUCGAGGACAGCUGGCCUGCCAGCGUGUGUCGGGACUUCAUCGUGGAGUGGGCCGCCGUGAUCGAGAAGAGGGUGCAGCCCCGGCUGAUCCAGACGGAGAGCCAGGCGGAGAGGACGGAGAAGAGGGACUGGAAAGGCCACCUGCUGUGCAUGCUGGAGGCCGGGGGGGAGUACGAAAUGGCGCCCCACAAGAGAGUCAUCCUGGACUGGGUACUGGACGUCAGGAGCCGGCCGGAGGCGUCUAUCUGGCCGGGGGAGCCUGUGCUGAUGAUGCUGGAUGACCUGGAGUUCCAGUGGAAGAGGGGCCGUCUGCCUAAUCUGCUCCCAGCCAUGGAGCUCAUCAUGCUGGCCCUGCUCAACGCCCAGAGUCCUGAAAAGGAGGACGUAACCAAACAGUGGCUGGUGAGGAAGCAGCGAACCCAGAGGAUCGAUGCUGCUCGCUACAUCCCACACAGCGUGUGGAAUUGGAUCUGCGAGGCGGCAGAGGACGUCCUCCUGGACCCCGACACGGCCAACGGCGACCUGCUGAUCUCCGACGACGCCAAGCGCAUGCGCUGCGGCGUGGAGGGCGGCGACGCCCCCUGCUGCGCCCGCCGCUUCGACGGCUGGCGCUGCGCCGCCGCGCGCCGCGGCUACGCCUCCGGGCGCCGCUACUGGGAGGGGGUGGGCGACCGCGACUGGCGCCUGGGCGUAGCCAAGGCCCGGGCGCCGCGCAAGGGCUACCGCGCGCUCAACGCCGACUCGGGCUACCUGACGCUGCGGCUGGAGCGCGGCAGCGAGCUGAAGGCACUGACGGUGCCGGCCACGCCCCUCGCCCCCGGCCUGGCGCCGCCCCGCCGGGUGGGCGUGUACCUGGACUACGAGCAGGGCCAGCUGUCCUUCUACGACGCCCAGCGGCGCGCGCACCUGUACACGUACAACGAGAGGUUCACCGAGGAGCUCACCCCCGUGUUCGGCACGGUGGAGGCCAUGAAGGACCUGGUGAUCCGGCCCGCCGCCGUCAAGGGCCCCUGCCUCUGUCCCGGGCCCUGCCUCUGGAACUGACCCGUCCCGUCCCGCACACGGACCCGUCCCGCACCCCGUUGCACCCCGGUCGCGUUGUUAUGCUUUUCCCUGAGUUGUUAUGGUUACUGUUAUGAUUGUUGUUGUUUUCCUGGCUCGUUGCUGGCACAAUGAUGAGUCUGAUGAGACACGGGAUGAAAUUCCGUUUUCUUAUUUCGAUUGAUUUUCCUGUGCUUGAAGCGCAGCAUGCUUCCCCUGCAGGGUUGCCUUUUUUGAGACGUAGGGUAGGAAAAGCACCCGACAGCCCGUUGACCUUCGACCCCCUGUACUAAACUGUAUCGAACAAGGCUGAAGGACACAUCUCUAUCUCUGAAAAUAUAUCUAUUUUUGACACCGUUUAACAUUCAGAACCGAGAACUCGGCCGCGUGUCCACGAAGCAUGAGGACGCGUCUUGGGAGGACCGUGACGCAGUAGAGUGCUAACGUAGAGCCUAGGCUGUGCAUGCCAACAGACGGCAGUCUCUCCUGCUCUUCCUCUCUCUCUCUCCAGCUUGUUGCAGGCAUUUCUGUAGUGCAUUGGCGUUUCAGUUUUUGUUUUUUGACACGUUUAAUUCUGCUGAAACUGAUAUGUGCAUUAUCUUGUGAUGGCCAAGGCACGACCCCUCAUCCAAACGAUAAUAAAUGACAAAAUGGCAGACUCCAUGAUUAACCUUUGUCUCACAUGGUCACAAGU